UAGGCCACAUAGCUAUUGGCUGUCUCAAGAUUCUCUUAAUUAUCUGGAAGGGGGUGAAUGGUUGGAUGCUGUUUUAAUGUUGUAACCAGUGUUUAACCCAUAUUUGGAUCCACAAUGAUGAGUCUUAGAUUGCAUCCAUAUAUUAUAGGUGAUCCAUGCCAAUAACUACGCUUUUUUGAGAGUGGGUGAAAUCUAAAGUUGAGACAGAAUUUGACAAGACACCCUGUCUAAACAUACACACUAAGAAUAAAAAUAAAAAAAGGUCAAAAACAUGAAGCAAUCCGGGUUCCUGUCUUCAAGCGGAAUCCUCCUAGAAUCUAGUUCUUUGUCGAACUAUUAAGCAACUAUUUGCGCCAUAACUUUCUUCAGAAUCAAAGGACGCAGAUCCAUCCUUAGCAGCUUCACAGUUCACACCCCUGCUUGUGUUGUGUUGGGUGACAGGCUAAACAGAGAGGAACAGAGCAAGCAGAGAGACAACAUGGGAUCGCGCAACUAUACUAUGUCGUUGCUUGUGUUCUGGGUUUGCAUUGCAGGACAAGGUUUGUUGUCAAAGGGUAUGUCUGGGUUUGGUUGCAACUGGGGGAGAAACUCUUCGCAUCCCCUUCCACCAGAGAUAGUGGUGCAGCUGCUGAAGGACAAUGGGUUCAAAAAAGUGAGGCUAUAUGAGGCAGAUUUUGCGGCACUCAAGGCUCUGCAAAAUACAAGUACUGAGGUAAUGGUUGGCAUACCCAAUGACCUCUUGGCUACGCUCGCGAGUAAUGCCUAUCAUGCUGUGGCUUGGGUCUCCAAAAAUGUAACCACUUACAUUACCAGAUACGGGGUCAACAUAAGGUAUGUUGCUGUGGGUAAUGAACCUUUUCUAAAAUCCUACAAUGGUACGUUUGCGAAAUCCACAUUUCCAGCUCUUCGGAACAUCCAAUCAGCCCUCAAAAAAGCUGGAUUUGGGCGGCGAGUAAAGGUCACAAUCCCUCUGAAUGUUGAUGUGUAUCAGAGUCACACAGGUCUUCCAUCAGGAGGAGACUUCAGGCCUGAUAUCCAUGACCAAAUGAUGCCCAUUCUCAAGCUUCUGAACCAAAAUGCUGCUCCUCUCACCAUCAACAUCCAUCCUUUCCUAAGCCUUAAUGCUAAUAACACAAACUUCACACAAGAAUUUGCCUUCUUCAAUGGCUCUGCAAAACCAGUUCUUGAUGGUUCUUUAAUUUACACCAAUGUCCUAGACUUGAGCUUUGAUACCCUUGUUUCUGCUCUUGAAAAAAAUGGUUUUGGCUCAAUGCCCAUCAUAAUUGGGGAGGUAGGUUGGCCUACAGAUGGAGGCCCAAAUGCCAAUAUACAGAGUGCCUCGAGGUUCUACGAAGGGUUAUUUGGUCGUAUCCUUAAGGGCCAAGGAAGCCCAAAGAGAUCAACCCCACCCGAUAUCUAUGUGUUUGGACUUCUAGAUGAAGAUCGUAAGAGUACUGAACCAGGAAACUUUGAGAGACAUUGGGGGAUUUUCAAGUAUGAUGGGUCUCUGAAAUAUGACUUGGACUUGGGUAGCGGGAAAUCACUAGUUGGUGCAGAAGAGGUCAAGCAUUUGUCAGACCAAUGGUGUGUAAUGUCAGAUUUGGCAAGUACCUCAGAACCAGAUUUAGCUGAGAGUGUGAGAAUUGCCUGCACAUAUGCUGAUUGCACUAGCAUUUCUCCUGGAUCUUCUUGUGGGAAUUUGGACGCUAGGACCAAUGCUUCUUAUGCAUUUAACAUGUACUUUCAAACCAUGAAUCAGAAUGAAAGUUUGUGCAACUUUAACAGUCUUGCAAGGACAACUAAUGAUAAUCCUUCACCUUUUUUACACGGCUGUGAAUUUAUUACCAUGAUUGAUCUAGGGAAGGAUGAGAAUGCCUCCACUUCUCUGGCAACCCCAAUGAUGAAGAUGAACUCAAUGUGUUAUGCAGAGUUUGCUCUUGCACAUCAUCGCUAUUUUCUUUUGAAUGGUUUCAUUUUCAUCAAGGUUUUCAACGAUGGUAGAUCGAAAGAUGGUUGUUGGUCGAGUUUCUUGUGUUUGAACAAUGACACUUAAAAUCUGGUUGCUGAUAGAUUAGGGUACUAAAACUAUGUUUUGGCUAAUAACUACAGUUU